UUCAAAUUAAUUGACGUGCAACAAGAGCACACACACACACAUACACGCAUACAAACAUAGGAGAAAAACAACUACAAUUACCACGAGAUACAUAGCGAAAGUAAGGAAAAGUGAAGAAAAAAAGGCAAAAACAAAAACCAACACCAGAUUAACAAAAGCAUUGAAUAACAACGUCAGCGGCUUUCACCUUUUAAAUUGCCUCGCUUUCAGCAUUUUGGCCUUCCCGAGCGCUGCUUGGUUGCUAUUCUGCUGUACUGCUUUCUCCGUCAACAAAAAGUUUCACACCCUAGCCGCCUUCGCCGUCACUUCAACGUCGCCUGUCACAACAAACACAUAGCCACGCACACACACACGAACACAAAUAAAGCGUCAUGAUAACACGGCUGUACAACACCGAGGAGGACCCUGCCCUUUGUUCGUUAAUUUGGGGCAGAAACUUGAGUGUGUCGAGUGCAAAUGGACAAAUCGAUGAAGAUGGUGGUGAGACAACGAUUGUUGGUAGUGUUGUCGGCGCCCAACCCACACUUUAUAGCGCACACAGCAGUUUUGGCAUAAGCAGCGCAGGCGGUGGCGGCAGCGGCAGUGACGGCGGCAUUAGUGCAGGCGCCGAGACGGAUGUAGUCAUUGGCAGCGCUGCGGUGAGUGUUGGUGGUGGCAGCGGCAGCAGUAGUUUGCGUGAUGAUUUUUUCAUUGCCAACGAGUUUUCUGAGGAUCCACGCACGGAAGCAUUACGUGCGUACUCGUACGGCAUCAUUUUGCCAAUAAUCUGUGCACUUGGCAUUCUCGGCAAUGUCCUUAAUUUGGUGGUAUUGACGCGAAGAAAUAUGCGCGGAACGGCUUAUAUUUACAUGAGAGACUAG